ACCGCCGCCGGACGCCGAGCUCUGUGGUUCUGGUCCGCGUUUGUCUCCGCUCCGCAGCUGUCGCCGCCGUUUCCGCCCCCGCUCCGGUCUGCGGUGCAGCGGGGACCCACGACCAUGUCGCUCUCUCGCUCUGAGGAGAUGCACCGGCUCACGGAAAAUGUCUAUAAGACCAUCAUGGAGCAGUUCAACCCCAGCCUCCGGAACUUCAUCGCCAUGGGGAAGAACUAUGAGAAGGCGCUGGCAGGUGUGACAUAUGCGGCCAAAGGCUACUUUGACGCCCUGGUGAAGAUGGGGGAGCUGGCCAGCGAGAGCCAGGGCUCCAAAGAACUCGGAGAUGUUCUCUUCCAGAUGGCUGAAGUCCACAGGCAGAUCCAGAAUCAGCUGGAAGAAAUGCUGAAGUCUUUUCACAACGAGUUGCUCACACAGCUGGAGCAGAAGGUGGAGCUGGAUUCCAGGUACCUGAGUGCUGCACUGAAGAAGUACCAGACGGAGCAGAGGAGCAAAGGAGACGCCCUGGACAAGUGCCAGGCCGAGCUGAAGAAGCUUCGAAAGAAGAGCCAGGGCAGCAAGAAUCCUCAGAAGUACUCCGACAAGGAGCUGCAGUACAUCGACGCCAUCAGCAACAAGCAGGGCGAGCUGGAGAACUACGUGUCCGACGGCUACAAGACCGCGCUGACGGAGGAGCGCAGGCGCUUCUGCUUCCUGGUGGAGAAGCAGUGCGCCGUGGCCAAGAACUCCGCGGCCUACCACUCCAAGGGCAAGGAGCUGCUGGCACAGAAGCUGCCGCUGUGGCAACAGGCCUGUGCCGACCCCAGCAAGAUCCCGGAGCGCGCCGUGCAGCUGAUGCAGCAGGUGGCAAGCAACGGCGCUGCUCUCCCCAGCGCCCUGUCGGCCUCUAAGUCCAACCUGGUCAUCUCCGACCCCAUUCCGGGGGCCAAGCCCCUGCCGGUACCCCCCGAGCUGGCACCAUUUGUGGGGCGGAUGUCUGCCCAGGAGAACACACCCAUCAUGAAUGGCGUGGCGGGCCCGGAUGGCGAGGACUAUAGCCCCUGGGCUGACCGAAAGGCUGCCCAGCCCAAAUCCCUGUCUCCUCCGCAGUCUCAGAGCAAGCUGAGCGACUCCUACUCCAACACGCUCCCUGUGCGCAAGAGCGUGACCCCCAAAAACAGCUAUGCCACCACCGAGAACAAGACUCUGCCUCGUUCGAGCUCCAUGGCAGCCGGCCUGGAGCGCAAUGGCCGCAUGCGGGUAAAGGCCAUCUUCUCCCACGCCGCUGGGGACAACAGCACCCUGCUGAGCUUCAAGGAGGGUGACCUCAUUACCCUGCUGGUGCCUGAGGCCCGGGACGGCUGGCACUACGGAGAGAGUGAGAAGACCAAGAUGCGGGGCUGGUUUCCCUUCUCUUACACCCGGGUCCUGGACAGCGACGGCAGCGACAGGCUGCACAUGAGCUUGCAGCAAGGGAAGAGCAGCAGCACAGGCAACCUCCUGGACAAGGACGACUUGGCCAUCCCGCCCCCCGACUACGGCGCCACCUCCCGCGCCUUCCCUGCCCAGACGGCCAGUGGCUUCAAGCAGAGGCCCUACAGCGUGGCCGUGCCGGCCUUCUCCCAGGGUCUGGAAGACUAUGGAUCGAGGUCCAUGAGCAGCGCUGAUGUGGAAGUGGCCAGACUCUGAGCCGCCUGACUAGAGUUAGAAUCCCUUUGCCCACGUCCAGCUGAAGCCGACGGUGACCAACGACAGGUCUGCCCCCCUCCUCAGCUGACGGCCACGUCUGCAGCGCUGCCCACCCGGCAGCCUUCCCCCCACCCUCCCAUGUAGCCUGUUCUGUCAUCACUGUGCAUCCUGUUUAGGGAGCACCCAGCCCCUGCUGCCUGGCCUGCCCUACUUGAGCCUAGUCUGGGCUGGGUCCCAGCUGUUCUGGGCAGGGCCAGGCAGAGUGGGGCACAGGCCCCUGAGAGGCCGGGACCCAUUGGCUGCGCUGCCCAGGGCCGAGGGGCUGCCUCUUGAGGGUACACACCUCUGGUCACAUGGCCCUGGAGCCCUGGGCUGCCCCUGGGUCUGGGGAGGCUGUUCGGCCAGCUGGUGGCUGGGGGCGGGGAGCCUGGCUGCCAUGCUGCUUCCUCUGCUUAAUAAACAGGCUGCCCCUCCUGGA